CCCACUUCUGCCUCCGGCGCUCCAGCGUGAGCGUCGCUUCCCUCGCCCGGGCGGUGGAGGGAGGCAGCGGGGACGAGUGCUCUCAAGGAGUUUUUAUUUGUGCCAACACAGAAGUGCUUUGUGGUGGGCCAUCUGGACGGGGAGGAUUUCCUCAGAAGCCCAAGUAUGCCGUCAGGCUUGGAGAGCGGGGCCGUGCUCUGAGGCGCCCUGGGGAGGCAGCAGGAAGCGCAGGCAGAGCCGGGUUUAUAGCACUUGUAACGUAGGUGACGAGCAUGGAAGACGGCUUGCCUUGUCUCGCCCCGGCGGGCGAGUCCGCAGCGCUCCUGAACUUCUGCACUGAUGACAGCAUCUCAGCUGCAAGCACCUCUGAUGUCCAGGACCGUCUUUCAGCCCUGGAACUGAGAGUACAGCAGCAAGAAGAUGAAAUCACUGUGCUGAAAGCAGCAUUGGCUGAUGUGCUAAGACGUCUUGCUAUCUCCGAAGACCAUGUAGCUUCUGUGAGAAAAUCAGCACCAAGUAAAAGUCAACCAAGCCUCCGAGAAGCUAUCUCAAUGUCCUGUAUAACCAACGGGAGUACAGGAAGCAGGAAAACAAGCCACAGUUCUUCUGUAUCUGUUGCCAGAAAAGAAACGCUUUCAUCUGCUGCAAAAAGCGGUACAGAAAAAAAGAAGGAAAAACCUCCAGGACAGAAAGAAAAAAAAGAGGAAUCUCAUUCUAAUGAUCAAAAUCCACAAACUCAAGCAUCACCUUCUCCCCAGCCCUCCUCACAGACUCUCCAAACACACAGGCAAACUCAAGAAAGCAAGAGUUCUGCUCCAGCUAAAAGCAUAAAGCGAUCCUUGACUGCUGAAAAACCUCACAGUGUAUGGGAGAGUUCAGAUGACAGUCGUAACAAACUCUUGAGAGUAGCAUCAACAUCUAAAUUAAUAUCAAAAGUGGCAAAGAAUGCAGACAAGCACAAGGAUGUCGUCAUCAGCCAAGCAAAAAUGUCAACUCGUGAAAAAAACAGCCAAGAGGGAGAAUAUAUCAAGAUGUUCAUGCGGGGUCGACCAAUCACAAUGUUCAUUCCUUCUGAUGUAGAAAACUAUGAUGAUAUUAGGACAGAGCUGCCUCCUGAAAAGUUAAAACUGGAGUGGGUAUAUGGGUAUCGUGGAAGAGACUGUCGAGCCAAUGUUUACCUCCUUCCUACCGGAGAAAUUGUGUAUUUCAUAGCGUCAGUGGUGGUACUAUUUAACUAUGACGAGCGAACUCAGCGACACUACUUGGGUCAUACAGACUGCGUUAAAUGUCUUGCAGUUCAUCCAGACAAAAUUAGAAUUGCAACAGGACAGUUAGCUGGAGUGGAUAAAGAUGGAAGGCCUUUACAGCCCCAUGUUAGAGUAUGGGACUCAGUGAGCCUGGUGACGCUGCAGGUUAUUGGCCUUGGGACUUUCGAACGUGGAGUGGGGUGCUUGGAUUUUUCAAAAGCGGAUUCUGGUACUCAUUUGUGUGUAAUUGAUGACUCUAAUGAGCAUAUGCUCACUGUGUGGGAUUGGCAGAAGAAAUCAAAAGUAGCAGAAAUAAAGACUACAAAUGAAGUUGUACUUGCUGUAGAAUUCCACCCAACUGAUGCAAAUACCAUAAUAACAUGUGGCAAAUCUCAUAUAUUUUUUUGGACGUGGAGUGGCAAUUCGUUAGCAAGAAAACAAGGGAUAUUUGGGAAAUAUGAAAAACCCAAAUUUGUUCAGUGUUUGGCUUUUUUGGGAAAUGGUGAUGUGCUCACUGGAGACUCAGGUGGGAUAAUACUUAUAUGGGGCAAAACUACUGUAGAAUCUACUCCAGGAAAAGGACCUAAAGGAGUAUAUCAGAUAAGCAGACAAAUCAAAGCUCAUGACGGCAGUGUGUUCACGCUCUGUCAAAUGAGGAACGGAAUGCUGUUAACUGGAGGUGGGAAAGACCGGAAGAUCAUCCUGUGGGAUCAUGAUCUGAAUCCUGAAAGAGAAAUCGAGGUUCCUGAUCAGUAUGGAACGAUCAGAGCAGUAGCAGAAGGAAAAGCAGAUCAGUUUUUAGUGGGAACUUCACGAAACUUUGUUUUGCGGGGAACAUUUAACGAUGGUUUCCUGGUAGAGGUACAGGGGCAUACGGAUGAACUCUGGGGACUGGCAUCCCAUCCUUUCAAAGAUUUAUUUCUAACGUGUGCUCAAGAUAGGCAAGUUUGUAUGUGGAACUCUGUGGACCACACACUGGAAUGGACCAGGCUGCUAGAUGAACCUGGGCACUGCGCUGACUUUCACCCAAGCGGAACAGUGGUAGCAAUAGGAACGCACUCUGGAAGGUGGUUUGUUUUGGAUGCAGAAACGAGGGAUCUGGUUUCAAUACACACUGAUGGCAAUGAACAGCUCUCAGUGAUGCGCUACUCAGUAGAUGGCACCUUACUUGCUGUUGGAUCCCAUGACAACUUUAUUUACCUCUACGUAGUAACAGAAAAUGGAAGAAAAUAUAGCAGAUAUGGAAAAUGCACUGGACAUUCCAGCUAUAUUACACACCUUGACUGGUCCCCGGAUAACAAGUAUAUAAUGUCAAACUCAGGAGACUAUGAAAUAUUAUACUGGGACAUUCCAAGUGGCUGUAAGCUAAUCAGGAAUCGUUCUGACUGUAAGGAUAUAGAUUGGACGACAUACACUUGUGUGCUAGGCUUUCAAGUGUUUGGAGUUUGGCCUGAAGGAUCAGAUGGGACAGACAUAAAUGCCCUUGUCAGAUCCCAUAACCGAAAAGUGAUAGCAGUUGCUGAUGAUUUUUGUAAGGUCCAUCUCUUUCAGUAUCCCUGUUCCAAGCCAAAGGCCCCAAGUCACAAAUACAGCGCUCACAGUAGUCAUGUGACAAAUGUCAGCUUUACCCAUAGUGAUGGUCACUUGAUUUCAACUGGAGGGAAAGACAUGAGUAUUAUUCAGUGGAAACUGGUAGAGAAGGUAACUCUGCCACAAAAUGACAUUGUAGUAGAAAUCGGUGCAACCAAAGUGCCCAUGCCUUCCAGUGAAAACGCUGUACCAUCUCCUGCAGCUCUCCCACAGCCUUUUAAUGAAAUGAAUCAAAAUGAAAGUGUAACUGGCAGCUCUCCAGCUUCCUUGGAGAGCAACUUGGAGCAGUCUGCGGAGGCCAGUGAAGAACAGAGCGAGGAGCAAAGCGACGGGAGCAGCCUGGAUCCUGCGGAGCCAGGCUAUGAAGAACCAUCCAACGAGACAAGUGAGGAGCACAGUGAAUCCACUGUCACUGAAGAGCAGCAGGAUAACUCACCAGUGUCUUAACACUUCCAACUUGGAUGGCUUUUAUUUUCCCUUGGUGUGUGUUACUUCAUUAAGGGGUGAGGGUUCAAAUAGGGAAAGUAGCUGAGAUUCAUGACCACAUCAGCUUUUGAGUUUCAGUGAGAUUUUUAGUCUGACCUUCAGUUCAAUAUGUGGAACCAUCUCAAGGGCCCAGCUUCACUGUUUGUGUCAAGAUCUGGUCAAAGUUAGUAGUGGACAUUAUCAUAAAUUCAUCUUAAUUCUGAAAUUGCAGUCAGGAAGUGGCAUGAAAUAUAUACUGGAAAAAAACUUAGCUCUAAGAAUUAGCUGAAAUAAACCACCUUAACUAUGUGAAAGUGAUUCCUGAGAGAACUAAAACCAAACAGAAGUGCUGAGUGAUUCCAGCUGAGUAGCAGUUUGCUGUUUUUUCCAGGUGUGAAAACAAACAAAAACCUGAAAAGCUCCUUGUAGAGCUGUUUUCCUUUGUUUUUUCUUAAUGAGAAGAAGAGGGGAAAAACAAUGUAAUGAUGGCAUGUGCAUCAAUGCCUUCUUGAUCUAACACAUAUGCAAUUUUCUAACACUACUAAUUCCUAGUGGAGUCUGGACACGCUCACAGUUGGUCUGCCCUGGGUGCUGCUAUUUCUAAAGCAAAUCCUAUCGAGGAACGGUGUUGGUUGUUCAAUUCUUACAGACUAUUUAAUAACAGACUAACCAGAUACCGGUGUGUUUCACUUGUUCAUGACCUGAAAGUUGAUUUGAGUUGUAGGUUGUAAUUGUCUCUUCAAAGAAUUGCUUGCCUAGAGAGUCUGAAACUUAAGAGUCUCUUUACAGCGACCGCAAUGUGAAUGGCAGAGAAUGCAUGGCAAGAACACAAAGUCAGAUGGGCUCUAGAGUUAAACUUUAAGCCUUCAAGCAGAACUUGCUCCAUCCCUAGUAAGAGAAAUAGAAAUACAGUUAACUUAAAUUAUUAAAUUGGUGCUUGGGAUUAGUAUAUUAUGUUGAUUUUUUUUUUAGAGGUAACUCUAAGAAUCAUUAAACUGCAAUUUUUUUUCUGUCUGCUUUAGUAGUUGUGAUAUAAGCAUACAGUAAUUUAGAUGAUGAUGUGAUUUUUCAGACUUGUUGAUCUAUCAUUUUUGUGAUUUCCUCCCCCCACCCCAAGUUGCUCUAAGCCAUGCAGCUCUCAUGUGGCUAUACCUGGCCAGUUACGGGAUAUCUUGGCAUUUGUUAUGCAUUUGGAAAGUAAUUUUUUUAUGAAGUUUGUCAGAUAGCUACAGUUUUUUUUUCCUUAAGUGCAUACAUUUCCUACUUUAAAAAGGUAUAGAUUUACUGACAGAUAUCCAUUUCCUAUGUACUUGUUUAUAUUUUGAUUACAUAGAAUUUUCUUUUUUAACUUGCUGCAUUGUGCUGGUAUUUUAGUUCUUAGUUAGAAUAUCAUGUUUAGAAGCUUUGGAUGAGUUCAUAAGUCUUAAUUGUGCAAGCGUUUACGUGAUUGUGCCAUUCCAAAGUGCAUCAAAACUGUCAUUCCCUUACUAGUUUCUUCUCAGGAGAAAUGCUACAGAUCAGGUAUUCAGUCAUCAUUUGGAAAGAAAAACAAAUGGACUCCCAAAGGACAUUUAGAACAUUUAUAUAUAAAAUAUAUAUAUAUAUAUAUAUAUACACACACACACAAACACACACACACACACACACACACACAUAUAUAUAUAUAUAUAAAAAAUAUCCUCUUGUUUACAACAGUUCCAGAAACCUCAAAGUAGUUCCUUCCGAUGAAGGGAGGUAUGGAUUCCAAGCAACCCAUCUGUUUAAACUGUGCUCUGUACAUAGUGUUUUACUGGAGGGCUCUAGUAUGCCUGACUUGCAAAUUUGCCAAAUAAUAGCAAUCGAAGAUAAAGAUCAACUCAUCAAAAUACAUGGUUCCCAAUGAGGAAUAUGCUGUAGGUUUAGAAAAUAAUCCUAGUAAAGGAAAAAGGAUUGUAGAGCUAAUGAGGCACAGAGCUCCCUCUGAUUUUUAUGAACUCCACAUAAGCAACACAUUUCACUUGGAACAUCUGUCACCUGGGGUUGCCAUGUAAAGUGAGAGUUAUAGUUGUGAUAUUCUUGUGUUUGUAGUUCAGAAGACUCUACUAAUAUGCAAAAAGCCUUACAGCUUUCAAUUGCUGGCAACUACUGUUUAACAAAUAAUUAAAUCUGUGAUAAUGGAUGGAAAUGGGUGGGAUUAUGUAACUGUAGAUGUUUUAGAAAAAUAAUUGUGAAUGAAUUAUGGUUAAGAGUGUUUCAUGUGAAGAUGUUUGAGCCAUUUCUAUCUAUCAUGCAUUCCUGUCUCAAGGCAGAAAAUUUUGAAGAUUAAAAAAAUAAAAUAAUCAAAAUAAUAAA